AUGACUGGUGCUCAGUGGAUAUCCAAGAUUACGUAACGACUAUUCAUUAUGGCAUUUAAACGAGAAAAAGAGAGGGAAAAUAAAUAAAACGUCAAUUCGACGCAACCAUCUCCAUCAGGAAAACGUGGGGUAUCCCACUGACCAUCCAGGGUACCUGUCGACAAAUACUUGAACGUCAUUAUGUCAUACGCAUGUACUGUACCCUCUACCGUUGUCUAACUUUAAAUUAAAAGUUCUAUCGAAACUGAUCGUGAGAGUCAGGGUUCGCCCCACCUAGAAGCAUAGAGAAAUUGCCAGUUAGAUAGUGAAACUCGUAGCGGCUAGUUAGCGACUGGGUAAGCCAGUAAGAAUAGUCACCUUAGGUGAGAUAGACUAAAACACAGCUGAUAAUGGCUGACGAGAGAGAACUCGACGCAUGUUAUGAAUUCGCGAAGAAGCUGGUCCUGGACGCAGGCAAGGUGAUAGCGGAGGCCAUUGACAAGGAUAAAAUUACAGAGAGUAAAGGAAUCGAUUGGGAUCUUGUCACGGAAUACGAUCGUAAAGUAGAGGACGUGUUAAUCAAAAGUUUAUCAAACGAAUAUCCUACGCACAAAUUCAUUGGAGAGGAGACAGUGGCGAGGGAAGGACGUCUACCGGAGCUCACAGACGAACCGACGUGGAUCAUAGAUCCCAUUGAUGGUACAGCAAAUUUCGUCCACAGAUUCCCGCUUACUUGCAUCUCCGUUGCUCUACUUCUUAAUAAGGUCACAGAAAUUGGCAUUGUUUACAAUCCUAUUUCGGAUCAAUUGUUUACCGCGCGACGAGGCAGAGGAGCUUUUCUCAAUGGAAGAGCAAUAGCAACAUCUCGCGUAAAAGAUUUGAUUCAAGCUCUUGUGGCUAUGGAACCAUGGAUUGCCAAAAAUGAACAUUACAGAGCCAAUGUUUAUAGAAGAAUGCAUGCUGUGAUUCAAGGCACUCAUGGUAUAAGGUCUUUGGGAACUGCUGCUUUGACUUUAUGUUAUGUAGCCAUGGGAGCAGUAGAGGCUUAUCAUGUAGAAAGUGUAGAUUCAUGGGAUGUGGCUGCUGGAAAAUUAAUUAUUGAAGAAGCUGGUGGAGUGGUUAUAGAUACCAAUGGUGGUAAAUUGGAUCUCAUGACACCCAGAGUAAUUGCAGCAUGUAAUAAAGAUAUGGCAGAUCAACUAGUACAACUUUUUAAGGAUACGAUCUCUAUAUCUUUAGAUGAAAACCUAAUGUGACUUCAAUUUUGUUUAUAAUCUAUAUUGUGGCAUUUGUUGCGGAUGUGGUGGAUAACUUUGCUGUUGCGAUGGUGGUUGCUGUUGUGGUGGCUGGGGCAUCGGUGGACCAGGAGGUGGUGGUCCACCUUGAUAUCCUUGCGUUGGACUAUGAGGAUGAUGCUGUG